UUCAAUACAUCUCUCUCUCUGUGUCUCUCAAAAGAAAAGGCUCUCUUCCUUCUAUCUUUCGACAUAUUCGUUUCAGCUACUUAAAAGUAGUGGUGUAAAUGGAAGCAGCUACAGCUACUGUUAUUGGAUCUUCAAUUGGGAUCUCUGGACCUGGAAAAUCUGUUGCUAGAUUGGGUUUUUUAGCUACCAAUAAACAAGAUUUUGUGCGUUUUCCUAUUAAGCGUCAUUCUUCAGUUUCAUACUCAAAGCUGGGUAGUCAUAGGAGAGUGGCAUAUGGAAGUAGGAGAUAUAUGGCAGUGAGAGCAUCUUCGUCAUCAUCUUCAGAUUCUUCAGGGUCGAUUGUGCCAAUUGCUCCGCUUCAGCUUGAGUCUCCGAUAGGGCAGUUCUUAUCCCAGAUUUUGGUUAGCCACCCUCAUCUUGUGCCAGCAGCAGUUGAGCAGCAGCUUGAGCAACUUCAAACUGAUCGUGAUUCUGAGAAGCAGAAGGAAGAUCCUUCUGCUACUGGCACCGACUUGGUUUUGUAUAGGAGAAUUGCUGAGGUGAAGGCUAAUGAGAGGAGAAAAGCCCUGGAAGAGAUUUUGUAUGCAUUGGUUGUGCAGAAGUUCAUGGAUGCCAAUGUUUCUCUGAUACCCACCAUAGCCCCCUCUUCCACAGAGUCAUCUGGUCAAGUGGACUCUUGGCCUAGCCAAGAUGAGAAGCUUGAACAACUUCACUCGCCUGAAGCAUAUGAAAUGAUUCAGAACCAUCUAACUCUCAUUUUAGGAAAUCGGGUGGGUGAUUCAACUGUUGUAGCUCAGAUAAGCAAACUCAGGGUUGGACAGGUCUAUGCAGCAUCCGUGAUGUAUGGAUACUUCCUAAAGCGAGUUGAUCAAAGGUUUCAGCUUGAGAAGACAAUGAAAACCCUGCCAAAUGGUGUGGAUGAGAGAGAGAGUGAUAUUCACAAAGCUGUGGGUCAGGAUGUGAAACCUGGUGGUCGAGGGUUAUCCUAUCAAGCUUUGUCUUCCCAUCCUGAAGCCAUUUCUGGUGGUAUCAGUCCUGGAGGAUUUGGAAAUGGAUUAAAGGCUUCACGAUUGCGAAAUUAUGUUAUGUCUUUUGAUGGGGAGACACUUCAAAGGUAUGCGACAAUAAGAUCAAAAGAGGCUGUUAGCAUCAUUGAGAAGCACACUGAGGCCUUGUUCGGAAGACCUGAGAUUGUCAUAACGCCUCAAGGGACCAUUGAUACUUCCAAGGAUGAACUAGUUAAGAUCAGCUUAGGUGGUUUGAAGAGACUUGCUUUGGAAGCUGUUACUUUUGGUUCUUUCCUCUGGGAUGUAGAGAGUUAUGUGGAUUCGAGGUAUCACUUUGUUCUCAAUUAAAUAAUGUUCACGAGCGUGCAGGCCAAAAAAAAAAAAAAAAAAUUGUAGUAGACAUACAACUGACCAAAGUUAAAUGCUAUCUAUGUAUGAGUGUAAAGCUGGUGGUGACUAUAAAUAGAUUUGGGCUAAUUUUUCUGUA